UGUGCGCCUGGUCUACCAGUGGAGGACGGCGGGAGGUUCGUUGCGCGCAUGCGUCCUUUGGUAGCCUAGAAAAAGGGGCUGCUGGCGGGCGGAGCUGAAGACAUGGAGCACGGUUAUGGAGGCUAUGGAGCAUGGAGUGCUGGACCUGCCAACACCCAGGGUGCCUAUGGAACUAGUGUGGCCAGCUGGCAAGGUUAUGAGAACUACAAUUAUUACGGUGCCCAGAACACCAGCGUCACCACAGGAGCAACCUACAGCUAUGGCCCAGCCUCAUGGGAGGCCACCAAGGCCAGCGAUGGCCUGGCGACUGGGGGCCCUGCCAUGCAUAUGGCUUCUUAUGGCCCAGAGCCGUGCACCGACAAUUCUGACUCCCUCAUUGCCAAGAUCAACCAACGUUUGGACAUGAUGUCCAAGGAAGGAAGCAGGGGCGGGAGCAGCGGCGGUGGGGAGGGCAUGCAGGACCGGGAGAGCUCCUUCCGGUUCCAGUCGUUUGAGCCCUAUGAUUCCAGGCCUUGCCUGCCGGAGCACAAUCCCUACCGCCCCAGCUACAGCUUUGACUAUGACUUUGACCUGGGGCCUGACCGCAAUGGUGGCUUUGGUGGUCAGUACAGCGACUGCCGGGACCCAGCCCGUGAGCGGGGCUCCCUCGAUGGCUUCAUGCGGGGCCGAGGCCAGGGCCGCUUCCAGGACCGGAGCAACCCCAGCACUUUUAUGCGCAGCGACCCCUUCAUGCUGCCUGCAGCCUCCUCUGAGCCUCUCUCUGCUCCAUGGACUGAGAUGAACUAUGUGGGUGGGCGGGGCCUGGGAGGCCCCUCCCCCAGCAGGCCCCCGCCUUCCCUCUUCUCCCAGUCCAUGGCCCCUGACUUCGGAGUGAUGGGCAUGCAGGGGGCGGGUGGUUAUGACAACUCUGUGCCCUAUGGAUGUGGCCGGUCACAGGCCCGGAUCAGGGAUCGGCCCAGGUGGAGAGGGUUUGAUCGCUGCGGCCCAGAUAGCUUGGGCAGGAAACGGAAGCAGUUGCAGAUUUACGACGAGCCAGACACCAAACAGGCCCGGGCUGACAGUGAAGGCGAUUUUUCCGAAAACGAUGAUGGAGCUGGUGACUUCCGAUCAGGAGAUGAAGAAUUCAGGGGUGAGGACGAAUACUUCGACUCCGGGAGGCAGCGAGGAGAGAAGGAUGACGAGGAUGAUGAAGUGAAGAAGAGGAGGGAAAAGCAAAGGAGGAGAGACAGGAUGCGAGACCGAGCAGCUGACAGGAUUCAGUUUGCCUGUUCCGUGUGCAAGUUUCGUAGCUUUGAAGACGAAGAAAUCCAGAAGCACCUGCAAAGCAAAUUUCACAAAGAGACACUGCGGUUUAUCGGAACCAAGUUGCCCGACAAGACAGUGGAGUUCCUUCAGGAAUACAUUGUGAACAGGAAUAAGAAAAUUGAGAAGCGGCGUCAGGAGUUGAUGGAAAAGGAAAGCACAAAACCAAAACCAGAUCCUUUCAAAGGGAUUGGCCAGGAGCACUUCUUCAAGAAGAUAGAGGCUGCUCACUGCCUGGCUUGUGACAUGCUGAUCCCUGCACAGCACCAGCUCCUCCAGCGGCACCUGCACUCUGUUGACCACAAUCACAACCGCCGGUUGGCUGCUGAACAGUUCAAGAAAACAAGUCUCCAUGUGGCUAAGAGCGUUUUGAACAACAGACAUAUAGUGAAGAUGCUGGAGAAAUACCUCAAGGGUGAAGACCCUUUCACCAGUGAAGCCGUCGAUCCAGAGACAGAAGGAGAUGACAAUUUAGGAGGUGAGGAUAAGGAAGAGACACCAGAGGAGGUAGCUGCGGAGGUCUUAGCUGAGGUGAUUACAGCAGCAGUGAGAGCAGUAGACGGGGAAGGAGCACCUGCUCCAGAAAGUAGUGAAAUGCUGGCUCAAGGGGAAGCCACACCUGAGGCCACGAGUGGUCCCCACGCUGAAGAGCCGCUGGAAGCAAAGGCACCCUGUGGAGUGGCAUCCGAGAAGGGUAACGCCAAAGCAGAGGCCAGAGGUGAAGCUGCUGAGGCCGGAGGGGACGUGGAAACCCUGGCAGCAGAGGCAGAAAGCACCCUGACGGCCACGGCUCCUGCCCCAGCUGCCACAGAAGCCGACGGAGAACAAACUGCUGCAGAGUGCAGAGAUGCUCUUCCCACAGAAUGAGCCUUCUCUCCCUGUUUCAAGGGAUAUGUUGUAUAGUGUAUUGUUCUUUCUCCUUUGGUUCAUGAGCAGUACUAGGGUGUUACUGGAAUAGUCUUAUUUUGGUGAAGAGACCCAGCCAUUUCCUUCAGAAAAGUGUACCUCACAGGCUUGUCUUGCAGAGCUGUGUGGCUUUUUGCCCUGGUUUGAAGGCUUCAGAAGUUGUACAUUCCCCCAAGCAGCUGUAACAUUUCUUUACACUGCAGUUGGAAUAAUAAAAAUUUGAGUGAUUAGGUUUUGAUGAUAUUUUGCUUGUUAAGUAUAGCUACUGGCUAAAGGCUGCCCCCACCCCUCCUUUUAAAAUUUUUUUUGUCUGGGAGCAGCUCAAUACUAGAAUAUAUCUUGCUUUAUUUUGCAGAGGUGGGGAAGGGAGCUAAGUUUCAAGAAUUUGCUAUGGCUUCCUUUUUAAACCUCUGCUUCUGUGGUGCGCUGCAUGGUGUGUGGUCCUCCCUCACAAGAUGUAACAGAAUCCUCUUAACUGUGAUGUUGAUUCUGUCACAUCAGUGAACUCUAAAAGGCCUGAUGAAUCUGGCACACCUGCACCAUAGAUGGACACCCACUUGCCCCUCAAGAAUGAGGACACUUUGUGUAGGGCAUUAUUUCCCAAUCUUUCAUCCUUGGUGAAUCGCCUUUACAAUCUUUUACCUCAUUUGUAUUCCAUCUCUGCAUUAUUUCAGGGUUUUGUGUUUUUUUUUUUUCUUUAAAUUGAGUUUACUUCUAAUUAAAUACAUUUAAAAAGAAAAUUAUGUCACUCUCAUGAAUGGAAAACCAAUAUAAAUUGCCAUAGACAGACACUACCUAUGAAAAAUAAAUAAUUUAGAUAAAUACUA